AUGAGUCAUGGGCGGUUAUCACAAAGUGCAAUACUCGAGCAAUUACUCGAAGAAGACGAAGAAGAGAGUGAAUCAGAGCUUAGCGACCAAGGCUCUGAAAAUACGACCACAUUGUUGCAGAGGAACCUCUACCUGCUGAAGAAUCAAACGUCUCGGACUCAGAAGAGGAGAUCAACGAUAGCGGGCCUUCCCAGAAAACUAAAAAGAAACAUAAGGGAGUAUCUGAAUAUAGAAGAAGGAACUGCUGAUACUGAAGCAGCUAGUUCUGGUACAUGCAGAGAAACCUUGUAUCUGGGACAAAUGCUGAUUGGUUUUACAAUAUCAUGGUCAGGACCUAUUAUACCGAAACUUCAGGACUUAGAACAAUCUCCUAUAUCACAUACAUUGACAGACACACAAGCUUCGCUUAUUGCAUCUUUAUUAUACAUAGGUUGUAUACCAGGUCCAUAUCUUGUUGGAUGGCUUUCAAACACCAAGGGUCGAAAACCAUGUUUCCUGCUAGGUGGUCUUCUAAGCAUAAUAGGUCUAGGAAUAGUCCCGAAUGUCUUGAUCGGUGAGAUGUUCACGCCAAAUGUUAGAAGCAAUGGAUCAACAUUAGCAAUCACAGUGACCUGGUUAAGUGGUUUCCUAGUCACUACAGCUUUUGGAGCGAUAGUGAACGACGUUGGUGCAUUCGUUCCAUUUUGGUUCUUUUCCUUUACUUGUAUUCUCGCAUUCCUCUUCACCAUAUUUUUCGUUCCUGAAACUAAGGGUAAAAGUUUGUUAGAAAUACAAAUGGAUUUAGGUAAAAAAUAG